GGAUAUAAGGGUGGCCGGGGCUGCAGACGGGUACCCUGGAGGGAUUGUUGCGGAGCCGGAACCAUGGUGCUGAGCUCGGGUGACAAGGCCAACGUGAAGUCCGUGUGGAGCAAGGUGCAAGGCCACCUGGAGGACUAUGGCGCCGAGACCCUGGACAGGAUGUUCACCGUCUUCCCCCAGACCAAGACCUACUUCUCGCACUUCGACGUUCACCACGGCUCCACCCAGAUUCGGAGCCACGGCAAGAAGGUGAUGCUCGCCCUGGGGGAUGCCGUGAACCACAUCGAUGACAUCGCCACGGCUCUCAGCGCUUUGAGCGACAAGCACGCCCACAUCCUACGCGUGGAUCCCGUCAACUUCAAACUGCUGAGCCACUGCUUGCUGGUGGUCGUGGCCAGACACCACCCCACCCUCUUCACCCCCGACGUCCACGUCUCCCUGGACAAGUUCAUGGGCACUGUGAGCACUGUGCUGACCUCCAAGUACCGUUAGGCGGCGGCCUCGGCCGGGCUGGCCUCCGCAGGCCCCUGUGCGCAGCAGCUGAGCAGCCCAAUGAUCUGAAAUAAAAGCCGCUGCCUGGCGCUCCA